CCAGAAUGGAACCGUGACCUCCUGCUUCACAGGUGGACGCUCAACCACUGAGCCUCCCCGGCUGGGCCUCAGCAAGUUCUGAGUGCUCACUGGCGUCUGGAGCAGCUGUGGAGGCACAGGGGUCCUCCUGCCCCUGGGGGAUGUGAACUGAGACCUUCACCUCUCCUGCCUCAGUCCAGCUGGGACCUGCAUGAGCCAGAACUCAGUAUCUGUCCUCAGGGGCAUCCAUUCUGGGAGACAGCUAAUGCUGUGUUUACCAUGAAGAAGCAUGCACACUGCUCGGGGAAUUACAGGCUGCUGGAGGAAUUCACAGUGGGUCAGUGGAGAGCCUGCAGUCUGGCGGUGCCACUCCACUACUGCCCAUCCCUCUCUGGACAGACAGAAUCUGGAAACAAGGCCCCGGGCUCUGGCUGGCUUGGUGGGAAGAAGAGGAGUCCCCUGCAGAUGCUCUAUGACCUGGACCAGGGUUCCAGCUCGGCCCUGGCGGAGGUGCACCGGCAGCGACGCAAUCUGCUGCGCCUCUUUCAGGACAUCAGCCCCUUCUAUCAGCGGCGCCUCUUUGACCUCUACAAGAUGGACUUCCUGCUCUUCAACUACUCCGCCCCCUCCUACCUGCGGCUGCACUAG